AUGGCAGCAGCUACAGAUACCAAGAACUACAAACUCAACCACUCGAUGAUUCGGGUGAAGGACCCGAAGGAGUCAGUCAAAUUCUACGAGUUCUUGGGCAUGAAGGUCAUCAAGAAGGCGGAAUUCCCCGAGGCCAAGUUUGAUCUGUAUUUCCUCGGCUACGACAGCCCCGGCGCAGUGUCCCACGGAAAACACGUUACCGACCGAGAGGGACUUAUCGAGCUCACGCACAAUUACGGAACCGAGAACGACAAAGACUACAAGGUCAAUACUGGCAACGCAGAACCCCACCGUGGCUUUGGUCACACAUGCAUCAGUGUUGACAACAUCCAAGCCGCCUGCCAACGACUCGAAGACGCCGGAUACAAGUUUCAGAAGAAGCUUACAGAUGGCCGCAUGAAGCACAUUGCUUUUGCGCUUGAUCCCGACGGGUACUGGGUGGAAAUUAUUGGACGCAAGCCCAUUGAAGAGACUGAGAGCAUCAAGGAGACGGACGUCUCGACCUACCGCAUGAACCACACCAUGAUCCGAGUCAAGGAUGCAGAAAAGUCCUUGAAAUUCUACCAAGAAGUUUUGGGCAUGUCGCUCUUGCGUGAGGCAGGGAACCCGUCGGCUGGCUUCACAUUGUAUUUCCUGGGUUACCCGGGCGAGCAAGGCCUGCCAAAGGACGGCAAGACUGCUGACCGCGAGGGUCUACUGGAGCUGACGUGGAAUCACGGCACAGAAAAAGAUGAGAGCUUCAGCUACCACAAUGGCAAUGACCAGCCUCAGGGCUUUGGUCACAUUUGCGUCACUGUUGACAAGGUCGACAAGGCGUGCGAGAGGCUGGAAAGCCUGAAUGUCAACUGGAAGAAGCGGCUCACAGAUGGGCGGAUGAAGAAUGUUGCUUUCGUCCUCGACCCAGACAACUACUGGGUCGAAAUAGUCGAGAAUGGUGACUUGUAG